AUGGAACUUAUCAAGUUGUUUUCUGUUUCUUGCUUUUUGUCGUCCGUUCUUGCACUUGGUCAAGCUCCGAUCAUUUCUUUCGAUGAUGGACCUCUCCAACUUGCUGGAGGCGGCACUCAAGCGACUCUUGUUCUUGCAACAGGCGAUUGGAAAGGCGUUUUGAGAGCUGGAGCAGAUCUAUCCGCUGACUUUGGUCGAGUGACUGGGAAGAAUCUUACGGUCAAGAUUACUGAAAUCACCACAUCAGACACCUCUCCAUCAACUGGUCCAGUGAUUAUAGCUGGUACCAUCGGGAAAUCCAAACUCAUUGACUCAUUGAUAUCAACUGGGAAGAUCGACGUAUCAAAAAUACGAGGACAAUGGGAAUCUUUCCAGACACAAAUUGUUGCCAAUCCGCUCUCCGGGCUUGCUUCUGCCUUGGUAAUUGUGGGGAGUGACAAGCGUGGAAGCAUCUACGGAAUUUAUGAUGUCUCUGAACAGAUUGGAGUAUCACCUUGGUACUGGUUUGCUGAUGUUGCUUCGAUUUCUCGGGCGAAAAUAUUUGCUCUUGGUACACCCAAAGUACAAGGCCCGCCGAGCAUCAAAUAUCGCGGCAUUUUCUUGAACGAUGAGCAGCCAGCUUUAACGAAUUGGGUCAAGGAGAAAUACGGCGGUUACAACUCUAAGUUCUACGUCAACGUUUUCGAAUUGCUUCUUCGUCUGCGAGCAAAUUAUCUUUGGCCAACGAUGUGGGAUAGCAUGUUCAAUGUGGAUGAUACUAAGAAUGGACCGCUGGCUGAUGAGUACGGUAUAGUUAUGGGGACGAGUCACACCGAACCCUUGACUCGAUCGUCCAAGGAGCAAAGCAAUUAUAUGAGUGGGAAUUGGGAUUGGGCCAGCAACAAACAGAACGUCAUCAAAUUUCUAACAGAGGGGGCGAAGAGAUCGAAGCCCUAUGAAGUUUUGUAUACAAUGGGAAUGCGAGGAAACGCCGAUACUGCUUCUCCUACUCUCACAGCUGCGUCUUUGAGCGAUGUGAUCAAAUCUCAACAAGCAAUUCUCUCGUCAAAUAUCAAUACAAACUUAUCUGCCAUACCUCAGAUGUGGUGUCUCUACAAGGAAGUCGGUGGAUAUUACCAAGAUGGGUUGAAAGCUCCAGAUGACAUUACUUUACUUUGGUCUGACGAUAAUAAUGGCAACAUGCAAAGAUUGCCACUUCCUAGUGAAGUCAAUCGACAAGCCGGUGCCGGUGUAUAUUACCAUUUCGACUAUGUUGGCGAUCCUCGCAAUUACAAGUGGAUCAACACGAUCUCGUUAGAGAAAACCUGGGAGCAAAUGCAUCUCACCUACGAGCGAGGUGCAAGACAGAUAUGGAUCGUUAACGUCGGCGAUUUGAAACCACUUGAAAUCCCAAUCAACCACUUCCUAGACAUGGCCUAUGAUAUGUCACAGUACGGGGAACCCAAAAGCACCCAAACUUGGCUUUCCAAAUGGGCAACCCGAGAAUUUGGAUCUGCAGUAUCUGAUGCCACAGCUUCAGUGGUGGAUCGCUACGGCAUGUAUGCGAAUCGUCGUAAAUACGAGCUUCUUGACGCCUCAAUCUACAGCGUCGUAAAUUACAACGAAGCAGACACCGUUCUAUCACAAUGGAAAACUUUAGCUUCAGAUGCACAAGCAGUUUACGACUCCCUGCCCUCGGCCUUCCAGCCUUCGUUCUUUGAAAUGGUACUUCAUCCAUGCAAAGCAGGAUAUAUCCUCCAUCAGCUCUAUGUUGCGACAGCGAAGAACAAUCUGUGGGCUGGUCAAGGACGAGUAAACGCUGCUGAUCAGGGCAGAAUUGCUGUUAGUGCAUAUGCCGCGGAUUCAGCUCUUGCGAGCACAUAUCAUAAACUGCUGGGUGGGAAGUGGAAUCACAUGAUGGAUCAAACUCAUAUUGGAUAUACUACCUGGCAACAACCGGCAUCAAAUAGUCUCCCGUCAUUAAAAUGGCCAGCAGCUAGUACAUCAAAACCACCAGGAGUAGCUAUCGAAGGUGGAAAUAGUAAACUCGAACUCCCAUCCUUGAACCGCUACGCAAAGAAUCGAUGGAUAGACAUCUAUUCCACAAGCAACAGCACCGCAACCUUCAAAGUUGAAAGCGACACUUGGAUCAUCGCCACCCCCUCGUCCGGAACUCUCAAGGCCCCAGGUGACACAUCAGACCAACGCGUCUUAAUCACCAUCGAUUGGGAAAAAGCGCCCACAGGAGCCACAACCCCCAAAAUCAAAAUCACAGCCGGAACAACGGUCUCAACAAUCUCCCUCCCCAUCGACUCCACCCAAGUCCCCUCAACCUUCCACGGCCACAUCGAAUCCGAUAAAACAAUCGCCAUAGAACCAGAACACUACACCACAUCCACCUCAAGCAGCACCGCAUCCUACAUGACAAUUCCCAUGUACGGCCGCACCCUUUCUGGUCUCACCCUCUCCCCUCUCUCCAUCUCCACCCAAACACCCCCUCCUCCCCCGUCUCACCUACAACAUCUACAUCUUCACGCCGGGCACAGCAACGAUAACCAUCCACCUCUCGCCCUCCCUAAACACCGAUACCUCCCGUCCCCUCGCGUACGCCAUCGCCAUCGACGACGCCGCCCCGACCAAGGUACAGUACGUGCCGGUCACGAAAUUGGGCACGCUGCCGAGCACGUGGAGCGAGAGCACGAAGAAUGCGGGGGCGAAGAGUAG